AAAAAGGAGAUGAGAAAACGCCUUUUAUUCCUUCUUAUUCUAUUUUCCACGUGCUCAGCGAGCCCGUUUCCAUGUGGUCCAAGCUUCGUACCGUGUACUCAGAAAAGAGCAUUUUCCAGUUUGAUCCAUUCACCGAAUAAACAAUUCAACAAAGAGUUUGGAGUAGAGUUUGGAAAACAUUUCGACUCGGAACCCAGUGAAAAAGUGAAAAAUGAAUUUAAAAAAUCGAUGAAACAGGAAAUUAUAACAACGGCAGCAUCUUCAGCAGUUCGUUUAACUGAAAAAUUGUUCAAUGACACUGAAAAGCUGAUGAGCGACAAAUUUGAUGACUCAUUCAAACAAUCAGAGCUUGCAUGGCUUCAUUACACAUACGCGGAUCAAUAUGCAAAAUAUUUAUCAUUUUCUGCAAUAUCUUCGACUCUUGCUUCACAAAUGAUUUCCGAAAAAUCUCCAAAAACCUUGAAAAGUAUGAUUCAGUUCUUGCCAACAGAAAAUACAAAAAUGAAAGAAAUUUGUCCGGUGAAUCAGAUCGAAGAAUGUGUUAUUGGAAAGUAUAGAUCGUAUACUGGACAUUGCAAUAACGUGAAAAAUCCAUUGAAUGGAGCUUCCUACGAACGAUUGAAACGGUUUCUCCCCGCUGAUUAUUCCGAUGGAAUAUCUGCCCCUCGUUCAAGUAAAUCUGGUCAACCUCUUCCUUCUUCUCGAGCUCUAUCAGCUCUUUUUACACCAUCGCCAUCUGGACAUGCCACGUGUUCACUUUUGAUUGCUCCAUUUUUAUCAUUUAUUUAUGAUGAUAUUGUUCAUGUUCCAAGCAAUCGAAUUUUCAAACGCGACUUUUACGGAAAUGACAAGGCGAUGCCUCUUCCAUGUUGUAGAGGAGACAAUUCCCAUCCCGAAUGCUUUGAAAUUCCAGUACCCGAAGAUGAUACUCUUCAAUCAAAAAAUGUGAAAUGUCUUCCAUACUCCCGUUCUCUUCCUGUUCCAAAUCCGAAAUGCUCAUUUGGCCAGCGACAGCAAGCAAAUAUGGUAACUUCUUAUUUGGAUCUCAGCCAAAUUUAUGGAAGUACAGAGGGAAUUGUUAAAAAGAUGAGAUUACAUAAAAAUGGAAAACUUGCACUUCGAGCUGUCGGCGGAUUCAACAAUCAAUUGGGAGUGCCUCCAGCAAACUUGGAUAGUUCAAUUUGUAGAUCAAGCACUGGGAAACCGUGUUUAUUGGCUGGAAAUAACAAAAUAAACUUUCUUCCAACUUCUGGUGCAAUUUAUACAAUUUGGAUGCGACAACAUAAUGUAAUUGCUGAUAAACUUGCAUCAGUAAAUCCACAUUGGGAUGAUCAAAAAGUAUUUGAAGAGGCACGGAGAAUCACAAUUGCACAGUUUCAACACAUUACUUUCAAUGAAAUGGUACCUGUUUUGGUAGGAAAAGAACAGUUGAGAGUAAUGGGAAUUAAAUUGCAAAAAAAUGGAUAUGAUUCUGGUUAUGAUAUUAACAUUGAUUCGUCGGCUUCAAAUGUGUUUGCUUCGGCCGCCGGACAGUUUUUCUUGACUCUUCUGCCAAGUCAAUUUAACAUUGAAGAUAAACGAUUUUCGACAAAAAGCGAGUCUCUUCUGAAGCAUUUCAACGAUCCGGCUCUUAUUUAUGAAAAAGGACGAAUCGACGGAAUGUUGAAAUUUUUGUUGAAUGCUCCAAUUGAAAAACCAGGACUUCAUAGUUCUCCAUUAUUGAGAACUGCUUUUCAAAAAAAAGACAUUGCGGAUUCAGUAGAUAUAAUUGCAAUGGUUAUUCAAAUGGGAAGAGAUCAUGGAUUACCGAGCUAUUUGCAAUGGAGAACAUUCUGCAAACUCGACGAUUUCAGUUCUUUCCUGGCUCUCCAAACAAUUUUCAAACCAUCUGUUAACAUUUCUGACUUUGAACGUCUCUAUGAAUCUCCAGAAGAUAUUGAUGUUUUUGUUGGUGGACUCUCCGAGCAACCAACAAAAGGAUCGCUUCUGGGACCAACAUUUGCCUGUCUUUUCGCACAUCAAAUGGCUCAAACUAAACGAGGGGAUCGGUUCUGGUAUGAAAACUUUGUAUCUCCAUCAGCCUUCACUGUGGAUCAAAUAGAUGAGAUUAGAAAGACAACUAUGGCCAGAAUCAUCUGUGAUAAUACCGAUACAGUGACUCAUGUACAACAUCACGCUUUCUCUUUGCCAGAUGAUUAUGGAAAUUGCCCAUUGAGCUGCAACUCUACUGGCAUUAUUCAAGUAUUUGAUCCAAAAGCAUUUAAAGACGAAGAGAAGCUUACCAGCCUCCCAAUUACAAAAGAAACUGUUGAAAAAGUUAUUCGUCUUGGUCUAAGACAAUGGCAACGUUAUGAAGAGGGUGAAGGUAGAAGAAUAAGUGCACAAUUAUCUGAUUCUUCACCAUCUGCACUUUUGUCUCAUGCUCUUCUAAUGGCUCCAAAAAAAGAAUCAAUCGAUAUUGCAAGAACAGCUUCUGUUCUUAGAGAAGCUACAAAUAUUUUAAUAUCUGGAAAUGGGCUAGAUAAGGAUGAAAGAUUACCAGAUCUAGACAUAGGGACACUUCAGAAAAUUCUGCCACAAAUUGAUGUUGGAAGUGUUAUUGGGAACUUCACUCCAUUUUUAGCACGAGAUCCUCUUCCAAAAGAGCAAUGCCUCCCUGAACCACUGCCUUGUGAUCACACUUCAAAGUAUCGCACAUAUUCUGGAUGGUGUAACAAUUUGAAAAAUCCAAAGUUUGGAAACGCUUUCACACAAAUGAGACGUCUUCUGGAUCCAGCCUAUGAUGAUGGUUUUGAUACUCCAAGAACUCGCUCUGUACUUGGAUCUGAACUUCCAUCUGCUCGAAAAAUCUCAAAUAUUGUGCAUAGUGAUGCUCCAAAAUUCCAUGUAAAGUUUACUCAUAUGCUUAUGCAAUUUGGCCAAAUUCUUGAUCAUGAUAUGAUGCAUUCUCCAAUUUCUCGUGGACCAAAGAAUACAAUUCUUAAUUGUUCAUCGUGUGAUUCAGCUCAAACACUUUCAAUUCACUGCUUCCCUAUUAAAAUCGAAGCAAAUGAUCCAUUCUUCCCUUCAAAACAUAGUGAUGGACGUCCAAGAUGUAUGCCAUUUGCAAGAAGUCUUUUAGCACAAGUAUCACUUGGUUUCCGUAAUCAAUUGAAUCAAUUGACAUCAUUCCUUGAUGCUUCAACAAUUUAUGGAUCGACUCAGUGUGAAGCAAACAAAUUAAGAUUGUUCAGUGAUGGAAAGUUGAAUUUCACUGAUUUAGGCUUUAAUAAAGAAGCAUUACCUCAAGGAAAUCAAGAACGAGAUUGUCGUUCAGUUCUGCAGAAUCGGCAACGAAGAUGUUUUGUUGCUGGUGAUGAAAGAAGUAAUGAGCAGCCGGGUCUCACUGCAAUUCACAAUAUAUUCUUGAGAGAACAUAACAGAAUUGCAAGAUAUUUGAAGCAAAUAAAUAAUUUCUGGAGUGACGAGAAGCUCUUCCAGGAAUCCCGUCGAAUCAACAUUGCACAACUUCAACACAUUAUUUACAAAGAAUGGUUGCCAGUGGUUCUUGGUUGCCAGAAUAUGGAAAAAUGGGGUCUAAUGCCACAAACAGCUGGAUAUUUUGAGGGUUACGAUGAUCAAUGUGAUGCCACAAUAUCCCAAGAAAUGUCAACAUCUGCAUUUCGAUUUGGACAUUCUUUGAUCCGUGGUGUAUUCACACGAAUGAAUGACAAUUUCCAAAACAUGACAAAUCAUGUAAAUUUAACUGAAACUUUUUCGAAUCCAUCUCCAGUUUACGAUAAGAACUCCGGUCAUAUGGAGUCAAUCUUAAUGGGAUUAAUUGGAGCAAACAGUAUGGCUUUUGAUCGUCAUAUUGUCACGGCUGUUCGGAAUCAUUUGUUCGCAAAACCUGGUGGUCCACUAACUGGACUGGAUCUUCCAGCAGUGAAUAUUCAAAGAGGCAGAGAUCACGGAGUUCAAGGUUACAAUGCAUAUAGAAAACACUGUGGACUUCGAAAAGCAUCGGCUUUCUCUGAUCUUCGUGAUGUCAUGAACUCAGAAGCUGUGACAGCUUUAGAAACAGCUUAUGCUCAUGUUGACGACAUUGACCUGUUCCCGGGAAUCAUGAGUGAAUCUCCAACUAGAGGCUCACUUGUUGGCCCAACAUUAGCAUGUCUUAUUGGUGAACAAAUGCAAAGAUUGAAAAAAUGCGACAGAUUUUAUUAUGAGACAAGUGAUUCAAUGGUUCGAUUUACUCCAGAUCAACUUGUCGAAAUUCGAAAAGCCAGUUUGUCAAGAAUUAUUUGCGAUAAUAGUGAAUAUGCCGCAAAUAUUCAACCCAAUGUGUUCCUUAUGCCAGACGAUCUUACAAACUCUCCGAUGACAUGCUCUGAACUUUCUGAGAUUGACCUGAACAAAUGGGUUGAACGAGACUAUUGCCUUGUUGAUGAACGUGUAGUUAAUCGUGGAAAAACUAAACGAAUAACUCCAUGUAUCACCUGUACAUGUACAUUAGAAGGUCCUGAAUGUCAUUCAAUCACAAUUGAUGAUUGUUCUCGUCUUCUUCGUGAUUACUCAAUCACUGAUAUUCAAAAGGAUCCAGUUUGCCUCAUUCAAUGCUCUCAGCAACUCAAAAAGCUUUGAAAUAAUUUAUUUAUUUUUUAUCAAACUCUAAUUUUGAUAUUCUGACCUCUUACAGUAUUCGUUCAAACCUUCUGGUAUUCCAUUUCAUGUACAUAAAUAAUAUGAUUUUCCAUACCUC